AUGGCAGAUAUUACUCCGAUCAACGGAGGGAGUUUUGUUCACGAUACAAUUCGCCACGCCGACGGCAGGCCCUUCCUUAAGCGUCUAUCGCUCAAAAAUAAAACGGCUAUCAUUAGCGGGUCCGGAGGCGGCAUCGGAUUUGCUGUCGCCGAGGCGUAUGCGGAGCUAGGCUGCAAUGUUGUCGUCUGGUACCAUAGCAGCAAGGUGGCAGUUGAAAAGGCCGAGGCCCUAGGAAGCCGGCACAAUGUGAAAUGCAAGGCAUACCAAGUCGAUGUUCGGUCUUACGAGGCCAUUCAACUGGCUGUCGACCGGGCCGUUGAGGAGUUCAAUGGCCGUCUUGACAUAUUUGUCUCAAACGCGGGAAUUCCUUGGACCAAGGGUCCUAUGGUUGACGGACCUGUCGAGCACUACCGCGACGUCGUAGCCACUGAUUUGGACGGCACCUACUACUGUGCCAAGGCGGCAGCGAAACACUGGCGUCGCCAAAAACUUGAGGGUACCGAUCUUGCGGGGAAACCUCUGUCGGAUUACACUUCUGGAAGCUUCAUCGCUACCGCCUCCAUGAGUGGGCUGAUCGUUAAUGUGCCACAGCUGCAGGCCGCUUACAACGCUGCCAAGGCUGGUGUCAUCCACCUCUGCCGAAGCUUAGGUGUUGAGUGGGCGCGGUAUGCCCGAGCUAACGCCAUCUCUCCAGGUUAUAUUAUUACGGAAAUAUCCGACUUUGUGGAUCGAGAAACCAAGAAUAUUUGGAAAGACAAGAUACCACUAGGACGUGAGGGUGAGCCACAUGAACUACAGGGUGCCUUUGUGUACCUUGCAUCUGACCUGUCUACAUAUACAACGGGCUCCAAUAUUGUGGUGGACGGAGGCUACUCUGUUCCUUAA